AUGUGGGGCGGAAAUAUGACCUUGAAGUUCACAUCAUGUACGGACGACACGGGGGGCUGGGAUCCUGUCGAAGACCCUCCACCAGCCCAGGAGCCGGAUGUGGUCCUGGACCUUCCGCGGCCUCGAGAGCUGCUAUCGAUUGCUCAGUGGAUAGGGGAGUAUUACCACUGGUCGGAUCUGAAGUCGCUACACAUUGUCGAACAACUGGAGCUGAGGCCGCUGGCGGAUGCAACCUCCUUGGAUCAUAUCUGGCCAUCAGAGUUAGUCCCGCCAGAUGUGGUUCCUCCUGGUCCGUCUCUUUCUAAACGGGUUCUCUCCAGCAUCCGGAACUCAGACAUUCGAUCUCCUAAGUCUACCGUCAAGCCGCCAGACUAUAUGGUCGGCUACACUAUAACAGGCGACCAGCCGCCUGAUACAAAAGAGGCGUCAACACCAUCCUCCAGCAGGACCACACUGACUGAGCCACCACCACCAGUCCCAGCAGACAUCGACCGUGCGAUUGACGAUCUGCUCGAUCUCACCCAGGAACCCACCCCCGGACCCCUUCAGAAGAGAGAAAAGCCUAUGGUCAACAUUCAACUCAUUUCCCAGUUCCGUUGGAGAUUGCAGCAGAGACUUGAAGAGGAACCCUAUAGGCUUGGUCCCUUUAUGUUCUCCAGCCAGGUCCUGCGUGUUGCAUAUGCGGCGUGUCAGCACCUUAACUGGGUGCUAUUUAACCUAUCACCUCAUAUCAUUACAGCCGCUAUAAGAUCAGAUGAGUUUCGGGCUGCGUCUGCACUGAGUAUCUGUGUUGACCAGCCCCAAUUCGCAGAGUCGGGCCUCGGUGAUCUUGCAGCAGCCCUGGCGCAGUUGACAUCCCUUAAACAAGUCUGCCUUGUCCAUCGGCCGGACCAUAUGAGCGACGAUAUAUCAGCUCGUUUCCACUCACAUAUACUAAAACAAUGGGAGAGUGACUCCAACCACACCAUGAAGUCGAAAACCAUCUAUUCGACCUCCGCCUUCCUAACUGGUCUACGCAGUCGUGAAUAUCUUCUUUCGUCCCCGACGAUUAGUUCCAGUCACACCUCCUCCACGCCCACGGUCUUUCCUACGGGGUCCACUGGGUCGUGCAUGGACUUCCAGUCGCAGGUGGAGACAGGAUUCAUGAUUGAUCGCCGACCAUUUGAUGACACCAACCUUGGCGCUCGGGGGCUUUCUAUCAGAUCGCACCAACUCCAUGGCUCAAAUCCUAUUUAUGGGGCCAACAAUUCCCAUAUAGAAAUUCCUUCUAAGCUGCCAGUGCCAGAGGGCAAUUGA